AUGGUGACAGUGUGGUCUGUGGUGGCUUUAGCUGCAGCAUCUGGUUGGUUCAUUUUUCAAAUAGAUGUGCACAAUGCAUUUCUCCAGGGAGACCUUCUUGAGGAGGUCUAUAUGCAGAUUCCAGAUGGCUUUGCCAGCCAGGGGGAGUGUCAUCAGAAGAAAGCAUGCAGAUUGCAUAAGUCCUUGUAUGGUCUCAAGCAGGCUCCUAGACAGAUGAACUUGAAGCUCACUUCUGCUCUCAAGGAUAUGGGAUUUGUUCAAUCUCAUUAUGAUUACUCUCUUUUCACACAAAAGGUGUCUGAGCUGGGAUUGGCUAGUGGUAAGCCUAUUGCCACACCUCUUGAGUUUAAUCAUAAACUCACCUCAGUAGCAUUUGAUGAAUUCAUGAACAAAGAGGAAGCCUCUAUAGAUGCACAACUUGAGGACCCAGGAAGCUAUCAAAGACUGGUUGGCAGACUGUUGUACUUGACAAUGACAAGGCUAGAUAUUGCCUUUGUUGUUCAAGUAUUGAGUCAACACAUGCAUGCUCCUAAGCAGUCACAUAUGGAAGCAGCUAUAAGAGUAGUCAAGUAUAUCAAAAGAACUGCAGGUUUGGGACUGUUUAUGCCAGCAAAAAGUAACAAGGAACUAGUUGCAUAUUGUGAUUCAGACUGGGGUUCAUGCGUGGAAACAAGAAAGUCUAUCACUGGUUAUAUAGUUAAGUUUGGUGAAGCUGUAAUCUCUUGGAAGUCCAAGAAACAAAGCACAGUUUCUAAGAGCUCUGCAGAAUAA